CACCAUAUUUAUGUAUGGGAGGUUGCCUGUUUGUAAUGUGUGAUAGGAGUUGAACUAGAUCUGUGUAGUUGAGUUCCAUCAUCUGUUAAAUUGAGUCCAAUCCUCUGUUAGUGAGCCUUCCUUUUCUAUUGAAACUUUUAGAUGGAAGAAAGCAUGAUGUCAGAUGAUCUCCAUGGUCAUUCUUUUGACGAAGCCUAUAUAACAUUUCAGGAAUAUAUUUUCCCGAGUUGGUCUUGUGACAAACGUCGGGAAGAUUAUCUCCCGCGUCGGUCUUCUGCCAAAGUCUAUAGAGAAUAUUGGGACAGUUAUCUCCGGCAUCCGUCUUCUGACAAAGCCUAUAGAGAAUAUUGGGACAGUGGGCCAAAUUAUUUCGACCGUAUGCGAAAUUAUCUCGCCGUGAAGGAUGCAUAUCUCGACAGCAAGCGAGGUUACCUCGAAACGAAGGUGUGCCAUCUCUGGUCCAGGGAAGGCAGAGAAAGAGAAUUUCUCGACCUAAAAAAAAGAUUUCUCGCCAUAAAAAAAGAUUUUGUGACCCGGAAGCGGGAGUAUGUGAGGACUUUAGAAGAUUAUGACGUGUGGGACAUAGAUGCCAAGGUGCAAGAUUUCCACAGCAUCAGGGAAUUUUUUCUCGCCCGCACUGCUUCACUUACCUCCUUAGACCCUGAUUUUUUCAGGCAUGAUGUGUUUCUGAGUUUUAGAGGACCAGACGUGAGAAAUACUCUGGUCAAUCGUCUCUCUGAAGCUCUCUCCAAAGCCGGAUUGCGUGUCUUUUUAGACAGCAAGAGUUUGAACAAGGGAGCAAAAAUUUGGCCAUCGUUGGAAAGCGCAAUCGGGAGCAGCGCCAUACGUAUUCCUGUAUUUUCAGAAGGCUAUGCAGACUCAGCAUGGUGUCUCAAGGAGGCCGCUGAAAUGUUGAAAACCCCAGGCUUGAUAGUUCCUCUGUUUUAUGAUAUGGAUCCAAGUGACGUUAGAUAUCCUCUCAAGAACUCCAGUCCGUACAAGAAGGCAUUUAAAAAACAUUAUGCCCAUCCAGAUCGGCAGCCAAAAGAAGAGAUUGACCGGUGGAAGAUUAGCCUUGGGGAGAUCUGCUCUCGUUCAGGCUGGGCCAUGGGUAUUACAGAACACUCCAAAGUUGCAGUAGAGAGGAUAGUGAAGGAUGUGAUUGAAAUUUUGGAGCUGGGCAAGCAUGCGUUAGAGAUUAUUGGGAAACCAAAAUCAACAUUUUUGUAUCAGUUGUCAAUUUUAAUGUAA